AUGGCUCGCCUACUCGAUCUCGCUCUCGAGGUUCGCAACAUCAUCUACCACGAGGUGGUUCGGGGCGCCAGGGUCCGAUUCGCUUUGCCUGGCGAGAAAUUUCGACUUUCGACCUGCGCUGCCCUCCUGGUAUGUUGCAAACAAAUCAGUGCCGAGUUCUUUCCCAUCUUCCACGAAGAUGUACGCAUCAAUCUCUCCACGAAAAUCGACAAGAAGAAGGGUACUAUUCCGCUGCCAAACAUCCGACUUGAUGCAAUCCAGCACGCCAAAUUGCAACUCAGUGUCUUUGCUACUGAUGGCGGCAUGAUCGUGUUAAAAGGCAUGACAGGUCUCAAGUCCUUCACAUUCCCCGUCGAGGAGACCUUUGACAUUCCAAGCCACAUAUUCGAAUGCAACACCCAACCGAUCUGUCAUUGCAUUCCCGAAAGCGAUUGGCAGACCGACUGGAAGAGCGCUUGGGAGGCCUCGAUGGACUGUCCCGACUGCAACGAAGCUCUCGCUUUGGGACACCUGCAACGCCAGAUUCAUACGCGCAAAGCCCUCCUCGUGGGGAAAUGUCGCUGCAAUGUGCCAAGAGAUGGCUACGGUUCUGAUGGGUAUGAGUGCGCGUGCUCUGACAACCCUAUUCGCAAAGUCAUCGGAGCGUGGGAGUACUCCAAUCAGCCUUUCAAAUUGAUUGCAGAGGCAGCUAUCUACGACGAUACGGGUUUCAUUGGAGACUGGACUGGCUUCUUCGAUCUGGGCGCAAAGGAGAUGGUGAUUUGCGACACGAUCGAUAACGAUCUCAUCAUCGACGAGUUCGUGGUUGACCUUCAAGGAUACUAG